AUGAAAUGCUGGACCACAACUCCAUCAUUUUCGGUGAAAGAUGAAAAGGCUUACCUUCAGCAAUGUUGGCGUGAAUGUGUUGAGCAAAAUACCAUUGUUCCAAUAUAUAUCAUCCAUGUUGAUCAACUGGACGACAGAGUGAAAAAAGUGCAUACCUCGUUUCUUAGCACCACGGGACACGACCUUUCACAAGAUAGAGAGGCAUCGGAAAACUCCAGCACAUGUUCUUCAUUCCAUUCAACAACAUCGUCUCAAUUACAAGGCAAAGAAGAACUAAGUCAGCCAGCAGAAAUAAUCGUUGAGACAACUGAAAAUGUAAUUGACAUGCAACUAGCACCAGAAGAAGCAUUUGAAUUAACUGAUAGCCAAGGGACAAAGACAACAUCGGACACGAGCACAUCAUUUCUUGGCCAAGUUCCUAUCACAAGAACCACUGAUGAAACGAAAUGGGGAAAAAACCAUGUUCCCCAGAGCUCUCUUUGUAAAGCUCUGGCUAUUGUUUCGGGUCCAUCAGAAGAAGUAUCAGAGUUACAUCGGAGACUGAAAGCUACAACACACUGUCGCACAGCGAUUUAUGAUGAAAAAAAAUACAUGCAGAAACUUGCACAUUUUCAAAAAAUUGUUCUCGCAGAAAGUUCAGCAACCAAACAAGCUCUUCAAAAAUGGGAAAAAUCAUGA